AUGCCGGUUCCUCUGCUGGCGGAGGGCUUCGGCCGGGGUCUCAAUAACAUUCCCUACGCAUGGACUGUCAUCAAAGCCAUUCCAUGGCUGGGGAUGAUCUACCUACUGAAGAUCUACUUUUCCGGAGCGAAAUGUCAAGCAGAACGAGUGAUGCAUGGCAAGGUAGUUAUGGGCGGUACAUCCGGAGUCGGAGCAGAAGUGGUGCGCGAGCUGGCAACAAGAGGCGGGCAGAUCAUACUCCUAACCCACCACUCACCCACUGAUGCAUUCCUGGUCGAGUACAUUGACGACCUGCGCACUGCCUGUAACAACGAGCUGAUCUACGCCGAGCAAGUCGACAUGUCGUCCCUACACUCCAUCAGGUUGUUCGCGACAAAAUGGGUCGACAAUGCGCCUCCACGACGUCUCGACGCAAUAAUCUUAUGUGCCAAUACAAUGACGCCGCGGUGGGGCCAGCGAAAGACUACAGUGGACGGAGUGGAAGAGGAGUGGAUGGUCAACUACCUGGCAAACUUCCAUCUACUGAGCAUAUUGUCCCCUGCCAUCCGUGCACAACCUCCAGAUCGGGAUGUGAGAAUUUUGUUUGGAUCGUGCAGCAGCUACAUUGCCGGCAAGCUCGAGCUGAAGGAUACGGAACGGAAGACGAAGUCUGGUAGCGAGUCCUAUGCCAGGAGCAAGCUGGCACUGAUGACCUUUUGCCAUGCUUUCCAGAAACAUCUGGAUGCAUACGUCCGAACACGUCGAUGGCUUACCGGCGGUUCUCUCAUCGGACUUGUGCUCUACUUGGUCAUGUACCCCAUCUGGUGGCUCGUCCUGAAAUCGCCAGAUCGCGGUGCACAAAGCUUCUUGACCGCACUUUUCGAAGCCGACUAUGGGCACGGCGCGGGCGCCAAACUCAUCAAAGAGUGCCGGGAACUUGAGCCUCUGCGGCCAGAAGUCAAGAGCGAGGACUUCGCCAAGAAGCUGUGGGAAUAUAGUGAGAAGCAGAUCGAGCGGCUGGAGAAGCAGGGCGCUGUGCAGAGAGCUAUGGCGAAGAAGGAGGCGGAGGGCGCCACUGCAAACGGUGAUGCCUCCAAGCAGGCUGGUCGGGUAGGAGAGAAGGCUGGCGGAGCCGCGUCUUCAUCCGAAAAGCAGACGGCGGGGUCGCGACGAAGUCGGAAAGCUAAAGGGACCUGA